AUGGCGGGUGGUGAGCGUGCCACCAAGUUGGGCCAUGCCCUCGCCAAGGGCCUCGGCAUCAAACUCGCCUACCGUGACCCGCUGGGUGCCGUGGCGGACCCCGUCACUCGCGGCGAGUCGACUUUCUCAGUCGGCACCGUCGAAACCUAUUCUUACACCGAGCCCGAGCCCACCAGCAUCGAGUGGAUUCGUGAGAUUACGCCCUCGGGCCAACAAGUGCUCAACUACUUCAUCGGCCUGUUCCCUUUUCUCAAUUGGAUUGGCCGGUACAACGUGCAAUGGCUGAUCGGUGACUUGGUUGCUGGUAUCACUGUCGGUGCAGUUGUCGUGCCUCAGGGUAUGGCCUACGCUAAGCUGGCUGAGUUGCCCGUGCAAUUCGGUCUCUACUCGUCCUUCAUGGGUGUCUUGCUCUACUGGUUCUUCGCUACUUCCAAGGAUAUCACCAUCGGACCUGUGGCCGUCAUGUCUACUCUGACCGGCACAAUUGUGCUCGAUGUCGCCGAUAAGUUGCCCCAUGUUCCAGCCCAUGAGGUGGCCUCCUGUUUGGCGGUCAUCCUGGGUGGUAUCGUCUGUUUUCUGGGUCUGCUUCGGUUCGGCUUCAUCGUGGAUUUCAUCCCUCUCCCCGCCAUCUCGGCUUUCAUGACGGGCUCUGCGAUCAACAUUUGCUCGGGCCAAGUCACCACCAUGUUGGGCCAGACCAUCAAGGUCAACACCCGCGGUGCGACCUACAGAACCAUCAUCGAUACUCUUAAGGCUCUCCCGAGCUCGACCCUCGGUGCGGCUAUGGGUGUCACGGCCUGUGCGAUGUUGUACAUUAUUCGUGCCGGCUGCGCCUACGCCGCGAAGAAGCAGCCACACCGCGCGAAGACUUGGUUCUUUAUCUCGACCCUGCGCACCGUGUUCGUCAUCCUGUUCUACACCAUGAUCAGUGCUGCUGUCAACAUCCACCGGAAGGACAACCCCGCAUUCAAGCUGCUGGGCAAUGUGCCUCGCGGUUUCCAGAAUGCCGCCGUGCCGAAAAUGGACCCCGAGGUCAUCAAGGCCUUCGUUGGCCAGCUCCCCGCUGCUGUGAUCGUGCUUCUGAUCGAGCACAUUGCUAUUUCCAAGUCCUUCGGCCGUGUCAACAACUACACUAUUGAUCCCUCGCAGGAGUUUGUCGCCAUUGGUGUUACUAACCUCCUUGGUCCCUUCCUGGGUGCUUACCCUGCUACUGGUUCUUUCUCCCGUACUGCCAUCAAGUCCAAGGCUGGUGUUCGUACCCCAUUGGCUGGUUGCAUUACCGCUGUCGUGGUGCUGCUUGCUAUCUAUGCUCUUCCCGCCCUCUUCUUCUACAUCCCCAGUGCCUCUCUUGCGGGUGUUAUCAUCCACGCUGUCGGUGAUCUGGUCACACCCCCAAACACCGUCUACCAGUUCUGGCGGGUUGCCCCUCUUGAUCUCGUUAUCUUUUUCAUUGGUGUCCUUGUUACCAUCUUCUCGUCCAUUGAAGAUGGUAUCUACUGCACUAUCUGCGUGUCGUUGGCCGUUCUGCUUUUCCGCCUGGCCAAGGCCCGCGGUCAGUUCCUCGGCAAGGUCAAGGUCCACUCCGUGGUCGGCGAUCACAUUCUGGAUGGUGAUGGCAAGUAUGGCUCCUUCGGUGCCACCCGUGCUGCCUCGGGAGACGAUGACCACGCUCAUCGGUCCAUCUUCCUUCCCGUCAACCACGCCGACGGCUCCAACCCCGACAUUGAGAUUGAGCAGCCUUACCCGGGUAUCUUCAUCUAUCGCUUCUCCGAGGGAUUCAACUACCCCAAUGCCAACCACUACACCGACUACCUCGUGCAGAACAUCUUCCAAAACACUCGCCGCACUAACCCGCACGCCUUCCGCAACCGUGGUGACCGCCCCUGGAAUGACCCUGGCCCGGCCCGCGGCAAGGAAGACGCCGAGGUCCACGACCAGCGCCCUCUCCUGCAAGCUGUCAUCCUGGACUUCUCCUCUGUCAACAAUGUGGAUGUCACUUCGAUCCAGAACCUGAUCGACGUGCGCAACCAGCUCGACCUGUACGCCUCCCCUCGCACCGUGCAAUGGCACUUUGCCCACAUCAACAACCGCUGGACCAAGCGUGGCCUUGCCGCCGCCGGCUUCGGAUACCCUACCCCGGCCUCUAGCGAGGGCUUCCACCGCUGGAAGCCCAUCUUCAGCGUUGCCGAGAUCGAGGGUAGCUCUUCUGCUGCCGCCCACGCCGAGAUCGUUAACAACGAGCGCGAGCACAACUUGCACCACUCUAAGGAUCUUGAAGCCGGCCUGAAGGACCAAUCCGCUAUGACCGAGACUGAGACUCAUGGUAUUGAGACCUCGUCCGAGGAUAGCCACCCCAUCCACGAGGACAAGCUCUCCCGCGAUUUGACCUCCAGCCACGCCUACAACAGCCGUCGCAAGGUCGCUAUUGUCCAGGGCAUGAACCGGCCAUUCUUCCACAUCGACUUGACCAGUGCACUUCAGAGUGCCGUGGCGAACUCGUCCGACGAGAUCCCACACGUCUAA